GAUGCAAUAAAUAAAUAAAUAAAUAAAAAACCGCGGCUGCUGCAUAUCAAAACCCGGGAGAUUCAUUCUACGUUGGGUUAGUUUGCUCUUUUGCUGAAUUGAUUUGUCCAUCGAUUAGGAGAUAUCGAAACUCUUUUGAUCCUUCCUUCGAGGGUAAACGGGCUGCUAGGGUUUUGGUUGGUGUGGAAGAGGGAUAUGGAGGAGUCUGAGCUUGAAGAAGGAGAGGCUUGCUCUUACAAUACUCUUAAUGAUUUUGGUGGAACCAUUGACCCUGACAACGAUCUCUCUUACAUUGAUGACAAGCUUCAAAACAUACUUGGACAUUUCAAGAAAGACUUCGAGGGCGAUUUUUCAGCUGAGAAUCUUGGGGCCAAAUUUGGUGGCUAUGGCUCUUUCUUGCCAACUUACCAACGUUCCCCUCUUUGGUCUCAUCCAAAGACACCGGCAAAGCCUCAGAGCUCUGCAGGGACUAGAUCUCCCAACAUCUUACUAGGCGAGUCCCAGAGUGGUAAUGCAGCUUCUUCUACUGUUCCUAAAAAGGCAAAACCUGGGCUUGCGUCCUCUAGAAUCCCCAAAAAAUCAAUGAAGUCCAAGAAACCCAACUCUAGUUCCAGACAGGAAUCUGAAACCAAUAAACCUGGUGUCUUCAGUAAACAAAACUCUCUGAAGCUCCGGAUAAAGAUGGGAUCAGAUAAUAUAUCUACAGAUAAUAAUGCUGCCGCGAUAAAAAGUGGCCUCGGACUUGAUCUGUCGCCUUCUUUGUCAUCAGAUAAUAAUAAUAGUCUUUCAGGUAGUGAGGGAAUGAAUGGGGAUCCUCAAGGUUGUUCUCCGUUGGAGUCUCCAACUUGCAUUCUUAAUGCAAUGACUUCCUUUCCCGUGGAUCAUUAUCAGUUGCUAUCUCCUCUCUCUGAUGAUCUGCUUCGAUUCAUCGAAAGGGAAACCCCCCAAAACGGAUAUAAGUAUAUGGCGAAAGGUGUGGAAACUCAAAAAGCUGGGGAGAAACAAUCAGUAGAGAAGAAAAGAAGGAUGGUGGAGACAAAUGUUCGCAGUAAGAAGAGUGUGUUAGAUGGAAUUGAUGUCACCGUGAAGGAGCCGACGGAAACAAACACAUCAUAUCCGGAGAACAACGAAAGGGCCAGUAGUAAAUUAUCUGAUGCGUCCAAGGAAAACUGCAAUGGCAGUGUCAAGGGGGAAACGGUGGGUGACGUCGACAGAAGAACGUGGGAUCUAACUCGUCAUAAAGAUCCAAAGACUGGUUCAGCUGGAAGUGUUCGGGAAAAUAAAAAGACUAAUGAUGAUGCUUCAGGACACUCGAGGAAAGUUGGCAUACACAAAGGGAGUAAAGCCCCUGAUUUAGUCAAAAAAGAAACGAGUGCGGCAAAGGUGAAAAGUGGUCAUAAGAAGAGGUCUGAUCAUAUAGAACAGGAGCUGCGGUCGUCAUCGAAGUUUAAGGAACAUAGAAGUUCUAAGAUGAAUGGUCAAGCUGAGAAGAAGGAAGUGUUAGCCAUGAAACCGAAAAAUGAUGGCAAAAAAACUGAGGACACUUACAAAGACUUUUUUGGAGAUAUGGAGGACUCUGCUGAAGAAGAAGAGGAACAGAAUUGUUCGAUGUCGGAGAAGGGACUUCCUGCCUUGGAAGACAUGCCUGAAAAGUCGAGCUUCACACGUGCAGAAUCUCAAAACGUUGGUCCUGGACGGGUAGCGAGCAAACUUGGUUCGGAUCCUUCCCUUCCGAAAGCGAAUCCCGUGGUCAUACAAGACAAUUGGGUUGCUUGCGACCAGUGUGGAAAGUGGCGGCUUCUUCCUUACGGUGUCUUACCAAAAGACCUUCCUAAAAAAUGGAUGUGCACAAUGCUUAACUGGCUACCUGAUGCGAACUAUUGCCAUGUACCUGAAGAUGAAACGACGAAAGCUCUGUAUGCGUUGUAUCAGAUUCCUGCACCUGACAGCCAAGCUUCAAUGCAGAGUGGUCUUAAACCUCAGGGUGAUGACAACACAAAAAAGAAGAAAAAGGGUUUAAGAAAGAUAGACAAUGGAACGGAUAGAGAAGUUUCUCGAAAUGCGGAAACUAGCAAGAAGACAGUCCUUACAUCAGCAAGAAACGGAAACGUGCACAAUUCGCAUGGAGGUAGUGACCUGGUCGACGAAGAGAGGCGUAAACAUAAACAGAAAGUGAAAGGAAACCUUUCUGAUGAGUCAAGGAGCUUGAAGGUGAAUAACAAAAGGAAGGCAGAUCAAGAGAGCUCAAUGCUGGCCAAGAAAAUGAAGAUUGAAAGUUUUCUGUUUCCUGAUGAAUCUGAACACUGCAAUGUACGUCCUACCUCGAGUAGUGGUGUCCCUGCCGCGUCAGCAGAGAGAAACUCCCAGCCUCGAGUCACCACCUCUAAAGUGCCAAAAGAGGAAGGAGGAGGAGCUUCGGACACGGGAAAUAGCAAUAGCACAGGGGGCAGUAAAAAGAGGAAACUGAAAGAAAGCCAUGGUUCUCGGUUGUAUGCUGGGGAGGGAAACCAUGAGCGAAAGAAAGCUCGAGUUCUCAAAGAAGACAAGGAGCCAAGUUUUUCUCAUGGCAGUGUGAAGUCGGAAAAGAAGAACACAAGUCACUCGAGAAGAGAGCACGGACAUGUUGCGGCCACGUCUAGUUCUUCUAAGAUUUCCGAUUCUCAUAAACCAAGAAACAGCUCCCACGAAGCUAAAUGUUCGCCUGUUGAGUCCGUGACGUCCUCACCUAUGAGGAUCUCCAACUUGGGGAAAAGUGCAUCCGCGAGAAAGAAGAAAGUAGACUCAUCUUAUGGUGAAGGUGAAGAUGAUGGUGGGAGUGAUAGAUCGCAAACGCGGACAAAGGACAAACAUGGAUCAAAUGAAUCUUCUGUCCUUGACGUUUGGGAUAAUAAAGGAUCUUUGAAAGCCAAAGAGCGUGCUCAACCUUCUCUGGAUGCCAAUUUUGAGAAUGGUGGCGAAGGAAAGCAGCCUAGCGAUCAUCAACGUCAUAGCAAUGAUUCUCUGGCGAAGAAGUCAGGAAAAGGUUUAUCUUCUCGGUGCAAAGACAAGAGCAUUAAUAUGUCUUCUGAAUCACGGGACGGUCCGAGACAAAUCGAUAAGAAGAUACACCAUGAUAGUCCUGACGGUAGAGUAGAUACGGUCGCGAGACCAAACAUUCCAAGACCUCAUGACGUUGAAAGAAUAUCAGAAAGGAGUAAUAAAGCAGAUUUAGCUUCUCCAUCACGUCCACCAUCAUCCAGAGGUGUCCAAGGGGAUCCCUCUAUAAAGGCAACAACCCAAAUAAGAAGGAGAAACGAGCCUUCUCCAAGCCCCUUGAGAAAGGAAGUAACAUCUGUGCAAGCCGGCCAUAAUAUUUUAAAAGAAGCUAAAGACUUAAAACACACGGCUGAUCGCCUCAAGGACUCUUUGUCAAACCUUGAGUUCAUUGAGCUCUACUUCCAGGCUUGCAUCAAGUUUCUUCAUGGCGCUUUUGUCUUGGAGAUGAGCAGCAACGAGAAUGCUAGUAGACAAGGAGAGACAAUGGCUCAGUCUGUGCAUAUCUAUAUUAGCACAGCGAAUCUAUGCGGAUUUUGUGCGCAAGAGUAUGAGAAGUCUAAAGAUAUGGGAGCUGCCGCGCUGGCUUACAAAUGCAUGGAAGCCGCGUAUAUGAGAGUGGUCAAUUCCUCUUACAUCAGUGUUAAUAGAUAUCGACAUGAAUUGCAGACUUCUUUGCAAAUGGUUCCUCCAGGAGAGUCUCCUUCGUCUUCUGCCUCGGAUGUUGACAACGUGAACCAUCCAGCAGGAGGAGCAGAUAAAGUUGGAAACUCAAGGGGGAUCAGCUCUCCUUUAGUUGCUGGGAACCACGCCAUUUCUGCGCAAAACCGCUUUAAUAUUUUACGUCUACUUCAAUUUGCUCAGAACGUGAACCUGGGAAUGGAUGCCUCGAGGAAAUCACGCGUGGCAUUGGCAGCUUCUGUUGAAAACCUGGAGGAGGCCCAACAACAAGGAGAGGGGAUUCUAUCCAUUAAAAGCGCCCUAGAUUACAACUUCCAAGACUUGGAGGGGUUGCUACGUUUAGUGAAGCUUGCAAUGAAGGCCAAUAACCGGUGAAAGACAAGCUAAAACCAAGACUUGCGACUCCACUGAUGGUGAAAAGAAUCAUCUGUUUGCCUUGCGACUCCACGUGCGUUUUGAGCAUUUGUUUUGGAUCCCAUAAUCAUUUGUUCAAAAAAAAAAAAUCCAAGAAGAGGCUGAUAUGAGGAGGUUUCUGGUAAACCAAGGAAGGAACUUGACUCUUGACUCCUUCAGAUGCUUCCUUUCCAACUAAUUAUCCAAGAACCAUGUAUGGAGUACAUAUACAGAGCAGCCAAUAUCUCAUUAUCAGAUUGUUAACUGUUCUUCAUUAUUACAAAGAAAGGAAAGAAUAAGAUUACAAGAGUUUGGAAUAACAGUAGAUUCUCUGUAGUGGUGAUAGGCUCUUUAAGUAGUGUUGUCUUCUUCUUUUUUUGGUGUAGAUAAGAAAGUAAAAGUUACAAAUAGAGUUUAUCUCUCUUGCUCUGCCGGAGGAGUUUGUGAGGGUUUACCGAUCGAACAUUCGGAUGCAGUUUUCCGGCAAAGUUUUGAAACAGACUUUGGUUCCUGCUUUAACCAAUAUGUUCGUUUUUUUCUUACUGAAAAUCCUCAACUCAAUGAGUCCUAUAUGUAUGCCUUCUCUGGUUGGUUGGAAUGGCCUUAAUGUAUAAACUGUACAUUCCUCAUGAAAGAUGAUAGAAAUUAUCCUUUUUUUUAGAAAAACACAAGUGAUGAUUUUACUGUCCA